UCAAUUUCUCGUCACCGAUGACUAUAAAUCGGCGGAUCUACGGCCGUCGCCGCCAUCUCCAGAUUCGACGCACCUAGUCGCCAUCGUGUUUUGGAGAGAUUUGACAGGGAUCGAACCGGGCAUCCACCUCGAGUGCUACCCGCCGCGUCUCGGUAUGUCCUCCUCUCACCGCUCGCAUCUCACAUGUCGGCCGACCACCGGCACAACAACGUCCGCUCGUCGGUCGGGCUCGGCCCUAGCCCAACAACUCAUCGGCGAGCCUUUGCCGAUAAUCAAGUGUGACCACUGCUGGCGGCUGGUGGUGCGCCACGUUUCGAGCAUGCCGAAACAUCCCGAAUGGGUUUUCUUCAAGUGCGAAAAGGACGGAGACGGAUGCAAAUUUUGGUAUUGGGAAGAAGAAUAUAUUGAUCUAUUGAUAGCAAGAAAUUUGCUUGAUGUUGGUGCAUUAGUUGCUAGAGAUGAAGCUAGAGAGGAUGCAAUGUUCAAGUUCGAAGAGGAAGAGAAGAAAAAAGUGUGCAAGCUCGAGAAGCCGGUAGGGAAAAGAAACAAUGUAGUCAAUAAAGAGAUGGAGAAAGCAUUGAUCGGAUUAACAGGAGCAGUUAAGGAAGUAGUGUUUCUGUUAAAAUGUGUAAUUUUUCUUGUAGUUUUCUUUGUAUUGGUUCUCUUAGCGAAGAAUUGGUGGAGUAUGUAAUCAGAUGAGUAGUGAAGUCUAACUCGAUGGACCAAAAAUAAAUGAAUUCGUGUUUAAGUUUUUA